AUGUGGAAAGACGUUGAAUUUAUUACGAUCCUCUCACUCUGCGUGGCUGCGAGUUUCUCUCGGAUCACACCUCUCGAACAGGCUUUCAUUUAUAGCACAUCUGGAAGGGCCACAUCGUGCGCGACAGUCCCAUUGCCUUUCCCACAAUGGUCUUCAUUGCCACAACAAACCACGAUGCCUGACCCUUUCCUGCCUCUUGGCCUCACCACCACAUCCAACGCGGGCAAUGACUCCCUCACAGACUUCGCCCAGGCCGUCAUGGAUGGCAAAGCCAGUGGUCGUAUCCAGACUCCUGACGAGUGGUACGCAUGCCGACAGCCAGAGAUCCUGCAGCUGCUUCAGGACUAUCAAUACGGCUACUAUCCAGAUCAUUCCGACGAGAAUGUGACCGCAACGCGAUCCGGGAACAUUAUCACCAUUGCUGUCACGGCGGGCGGGAAAACAGGGAAAUUCGUGGCUGAUAUCCAGUUACCCCUUGGAGCGAGCCAAACCGCUCCUGUGCCCGUCGUGAUAAAUAUUGGUGGCAUGGACAACAGUCCUUAUAUCGCCGCGGGAAUCGCCAUUGUCGGCUUCGAGUACACGUCCGUUGCUGCGGAUAGCAAUGGUAAGACUGGGGCGUUUUGGGAUAUCUACAGUGGCAGAGACAUCGGAGUUCUCACAGCGUGGGCUUGGGGUUUUCACCGCGUUCUUGAUGCUCUCAACCUCACUGUGCCAGAGAUCGAUCCGGCGCGCGUCGGUGUGACAGGAUGCUCGCGGCUUGGAAAGGGCGCCCUCGCAGCCGGCCUGUUCGACACGCGCAUCACACUGACCAUGCCCAUGUCCAGCGGUGUUCAGGGCCUGGGUCCAUACAGAUUUCACAAUCUGAGCGGGCAGGACGAAACCCUCGAGAACUCCAAGGCCGGGGCGCCAUGGUGGAGUGAUAAUGAAUUGGGCACCUUUGUGAAUCACUCGGAGUGGCUCCCCUAUGAUGCUCACACCAUUGCUGCUGCGAUUGCGCCGCGGGCACUGGUCAUUGACCAAGGGACCGGUGAUCCAUAUACAAACAGCAAGGGGACAGCCAUCAUCGUAUACCCGGCUGCUAAGCUCGUGUAUGAGUGGUUGGGUGUUGGUGAUAGGAUUGGCAUGAGCGUGAGAAGCGGUGGACACUGUGAUCUCAGUGGGUAUACUUCUGUUCUACAGUUUGUUGAGAAGAUCUUGCUGGGGAAGAACAUUACGCAGGAUUAUGAUGAUCUCAGCGCGUAUGGGGGUGCCAUGUCCUCAGCCUACCCUUGGGCAACAGCUGUACCUUCGAUCUCAUAA